GGCUGCUUGCCGCUGUCGCUCCGGGGCUGCGGGAUGACGCCUCCUCCUCCCGGACGUGCCGCCCCCAGCGCACCGCGCGCCCGCGUCCUCAGCCUGUCGGCUCGGUUCGGGCUCCCGCUGCGGCUGCGGCUUCUGCUGGUGUUCUGGGUGGCCGCCGCCUCCGCCCAAGGCCACUCGAGGAGCGGACCCCGCAUCUCCGCCGUCUGGAAAGGGCAGGACCAUGUGGACUUUGGCCAGCAUGAGCCACACACCGUGCUUUUCCAUGAGCCGGGCAGCUUCUCCGUCUGGGUGGGUGGACGUGGCAAGGUCUACCACUUCAACUUCCCCGAGGGCAAGAAUGCCUCCGUGCGUACGGUGAACAUCGGCUCCACAAAGGGGUCCUGUCAGGACAAACAGGACUGUGAGAAUUACAUCACUCUUCUGGAGAGGCGGGGUAAUGGGCUGCUGGUCUGUGGCACCAAUGCCCGGAAGCCCAGCUGCUGGAACUUGGUGAAUGACAGUGUGGUGAUGUCACUUGGUGAGAUGAAAGGCUAUGCCCCCUUCAGCCCGGAUGAGAACUCCCUGGUUCUGUUUGAAGGGGAUGAAGUAUACUCUACAAUCCGGAAGCAGGAAUACAACGGGAAGAUCCCUCGGUUUCGACGCAUUCGGGGCGAGAGUGAACUGUACACAAGUGAUACUGUCAUGCAGAACCCACAGUUCAUCAAGGCCACCAUCGUGCACCAAGACCAAGCCUAUGACGAUAAGAUCUACUACUUCUUCCGUGAGGACAACCCUGACAAGAACCCCGAGGCUCCUCUCAAUGUGUCCCGAGUGGCCCAGUUGUGCAGGGGGGACCAGGGUGGUGAGAGUUCAUUGUCCGUCUCCAAGUGGAACACCUUCCUGAAAGCCAUGUUGGUUUGCAGCGAUGCGGCCACCAACAGGAACUUCAAUCGGCUGCAAGAUGUCUUCCUGCUCCCUGACCCCAGUGGCCAGUGGAGAGAUACCAGGGUCUAUGGCGUUUUCUCCAACCCCUGGAACUACUCUGCUGUCUGCGUGUAUUCGCUUGGUGACAUUGACAGAGUCUUCCGUACCUCAUCACUCAAAGGCUACCACAUGGGUCUUCCCAACCCUCGACCUGGCAUGUGCCUCCCAAAAAAGCAGCCCAUACCCACAGAAACCUUCCAGGUAGCUGAUAGUCACCCGGAGGUGGCCCAGAGGGUGGAACCUAUGGGGCCUCUGAAGACACCAUUGUUCCACUCUAAGUACCAUUACCAGAAAGUGGUCGUCCACCGCAUGCAAGCCAGCAAUGGAGAGACCUUCCAUGUGCUUUAUCUAACCACAGACAGGGGCACCAUUCACAAGGUGGUAGAAUCAGGGGACCAGGACCACAGCUUUGUCUUCAACAUCAUGGAGAUCCAGCCCUUUCACCGUGCAGCGGCCAUCCAGGCUAUAUCAUUGGAUGCUGACCGGCGGAAGCUCUAUGUGACCUCCCAGUGGGAAGUGAGCCAGGUACCCCUGGACAUGUGUGAGGUCUACAGCGGGGGCUGCCAUGGCUGCCUCAUGUCCCGAGACCCCUACUGUGGCUGGGACCAGGACCGCUGCGUGUCUAUCUAUAGCUCCCAACGGCCAGUGCUGCAGUCCAUUAAUCCAGCUGAGCCACACAGAGAGUGUCCCAACCCUAAACCAGACGAGGCUCCAUUGCAGAAGGUUUCCCUGGCUCGGAACUCUCGAUAUUACCUGACCUGCCCCAUGGAGUCCCGCCACGCCACUUACUUAUGGCGCCACGAGGAGAAUGUGGAACAGAGCUGUGAGCCAGGCCACCAAAGCCCUAGCUGCAUCCUGUUCAUUGAGAACCUCACGGCCCGUCAGUAUGGCCACUACCGCUGCGAGGCCCAAGAGGGCUCCUACCUCCGUGAGGCUCAACACUGGGAGCUGCUGCCAGAGGACAGAGCACUGGCCGAGCAGCUAAUGGGCCAUGCCCGGGCCCUGGCCGCCUCCUUCUGGCUGGGGGUCCUGCCCACACUCAUACUUGGUCUGCUGGUUCACUAGGACUUCUAGGAGCUGGGUACACCCCAGGCCCAGGAGUACUAGAAAAAUGUCACACUCAGCCGGCCGGCCCGGGAGCUCCCUGUCCACUGAUUCUUCCAGGGGUACUGAAUAAUCCAGUGGGGGACAAAGGGCCUGGAGACGUCCAGCCGCAGGCGGCUGCUGGGGCCCAGGUGGGGUAGGGACAGUGAGGGACUGUAGAAGGAAGGCACCGACUGUGAAGCUGGGCCAUCAGCAACUCAAGACUUUAUCUUCUCGAGAAUAUUUUUUCGAAAUCUCCUCACACUUGACUUCAUGCAGUGAUGUACCUGGCGUGAGAGCCCAUGGGCCUGGCAGUGGGCUUGGGAAGGGGAGCUGGGACCCCCAUCUCUGGACCUUGGGGCUGAGUCCUUUGGGACCUUCUGUACCCAGCUGUGUCCUUCCCUGUUCCACUGCUGGGUGGCCAGUGUCCCUGCAGACCCGGGCUGCUCCUCUGUACCUCCCUCACAGCCUGGGUCCCACCGGACAGCGCCUUGCAUGUUUAUUGAAGGAUGUUUGCUUUCCGGGCGGAAGGGCGGGAAAAGCUCUAUUUUUAUGUUAGGCUUAUUUCAUGUAUAGCUACUUCUGACUGCAUCUGUAUGAAAAUACCAAAACUACAUGCUGGGGUGGGGGGCGGGUAGAGGGAGGGUCUGGGAAAGGGGGGGCUGAUCCCAGGCUGGGGCUCCCUGGGAUAGGAUCAGAGUCCAGGGACAGGCAUGGGUUUGAAGAGAGUGGCAUGAGCUGGCUCUGCCCCGGGAGCCCCGUCUGAGGGCAUGAGCUUCCAGUGUGGGGGGGUGGUUAUGGGAGGGGUGGGUGAGGGAGACAGGGGAGAGCGAAGAAGAAAACUGAGCCCUAGGUAGAUUUGCCGUGAUCAUUUUGAAGGAGGAGCCGGGUCCACAGGGGGAGGUUCCAGGACUCUGCCCUUGGCAUUGUGGGUUGGGGGGCAGGGGGAGUCUCCUCCCUUCCCCUCAGCCCCCAUCCCCAGGGGCUGUGCUUCCAUGCUCCUAACCUCCCACCUUCAGCUCAGGACAUGUCCUAACUUAGGCUAAACUGUGAAAAUUCCCGUGGAGAUGGCCCAGGCCGAGCUUCCCAAGUGGGCCUCCCAGUCCCAGGUCCAUAGAUUUCAGCAGAGAGCUGACCCUUCUCCAGCUGUGUCUGGGGCAGGGCCUGGGGCCGGGGGCCUUCCAGCUUCCGUCCCUUAUCUCUUCUCAAUGCACUUUAAUAAUGUAACAUAUUACUAAUAAACAAGCUAUUUAUUUA